CGAAGCCAUGGAUAUCGUGGACCUUGUGCGUUAAGACUUGCCAAACCUUCUGACCCUUCCCUACCUCUCUUCUUCUUCUUCUUCUUCUUUUUCUACUGUGACCAGCUUCCUGUCAAAGCAACUGCUGCAAGCUGAUCAAGUCCAAAUAUUACACUAGUGUCGGAGUGUGAUUGGGUUGGAAGGAUAGGAUGGGGAGGAGGAGGAGGAUUCCGGCAUUUGGGAACUGGGACUACGACGACGAGCUUCCCAUCACCCAGUACUUCGAAUCUGCAGCGCAGGCCGGGUUGAUCCGAGACCAGUGUUUGAGUGGAGAUGAUAAGCUUUGUAAGCCGGAAGCUGCCCCGGUGAAACCAGUCGGCUACCACAGCGAGGUGAAGAAGGGAGGUGGGAAAGGGGAGAAGCAGCGGAGGAAGCAAGAGAGGGGGUGUGGCGUGACACCACAAGACAGCAGCCAAAGGAGGCCCGGAAGAGCUCCCAAGGCGGUGGACGAGGACCUGUACAAGAUCCCACCUGAGCUCCUCUACCAGAAGCCAAAGAGGGUGCAGAAGAGGUUCCUGAGGAGUCCGUGGCCGGCAUGUCUGGGACUCAGCUGCGUCACCUGAGGAGGAAGAUGAAGCAGAGUUUUAGCUGUACUCAUUCUUCUCCGGUCGAUGAGGAGAUGUGAUGUAUCGUGAGACAGUGUCACAUCAUUCACUGUAGUGGGUAGUACUACUGCCUUGUGGAAUGCUUGCUUUACCGAGAAAGGAGCGAGAAGAAGGAAAAGCAAGAGGCCUUUUGACCUUCCUCGCUGCCGCAGAAACGAAUCGAACGUUCAAAAGCUCGGUCAACAGACAGCAUACCACUGCAAACAGUGACUCAUCGCGUCUUUAUCAUGGCCCCAUACACCCCCCCCCAUAAGAUUUGUGUUCCGAGGCAUUAGUCCACCUCCUUGUCAUGAGCUCGCACAAGUCUCAUGCACAAAACGUAGCCAUUUUAGCUUUGGAUACCGAAGAAAUUAGAUUGUCUGAGGAUACGUCAACCAUCUCAACCUCUUAUUGUAUAUAAUCAAUCGAACGUCAAGAUUACUCUUA